CCUCAGCAGCUCAGUUUUGAAACCAACGUGGUUUCAAAGCCACGCAGAAAUCGCAGAAGUGUCUUCUCCCCAAAAACUCUACACAAACUCCCUCCCCCCCCCCCUCUCUCUCUCCGUCCCUCCCUCCCCUUGUCAAAAAUUAAAUACCCUCUCCUCCCUCAAAUUAAAACCAAACCACCACACACCUCCUCCCUUUCCUAUCACCACCUUUCCUAAUUGUCCAAUUUUUCUUAUCAUGCUCUCUUUCUUCAUCAGCUUCAUCUUCCUCUUUACGACCACCACCAAUGCCGCCGUCACUACUUCUGAACGACUUAGGGAAGCGCUCGCCGCAUCUACCACUCAACGAUUCAAGGAAGCACCGAAAUUCUACAACUCCCCCAGCUGCCCCGACCUCAACAACCGCGAGAACAAGGUGGCCGUGUGCUCGCAUGAGGCCUUCCACGUGGCAAUGACCCUCGACGCCGCCUACCUCCGCGGCUCAAUGGCUGCCAUUCUCUCCGUCCUCCAACACUCCUCCUGCCCGGAAAAUGUUAUCUUCCACUUCGUGUCCUCCUCCACCUCCAACUCCCAACUCCUCCAGCAAACCAUCGCCAAGUCAUUUCCCUACUUGAAAUUCCGAGUCUACCCCUUCGAUGACUCGGCCGUUGCGGGGCUUAUCUCGACGUCGAUCCGCUCCGCCCUCGACUGCCCUCUCAACUAUGCCCGCAACUACCUCGCCAACAUCCUACCGACAUGUGUCCGCCGUGUCGUCUACCUGGACUCCGACAUCAUCCUUGUCGACGACAUUUCCAAGCUGGCGUCGACACCGCUGGGCCCCACCCAAGUCCUUGCCGCCCCGGAGUACUGCAACGCCAACUUCACAUCCUACUUUACGCCGUCGUUUUGGUCGAACCCGACACUCUCCCUCACCUUCGAGAACCGCAAGGCUUGCUACUUCAACACCGGCGUCAUGGUCAUCGACUUGGACGAGUGGAGAUCGGGCGGGUACACGGAUCGGAUCGCGGAGUGGAUGGAGCUCCAGAAGCGGAUGCGGAUCUACGAGCUCGGGUCCCUGCCGCCGUUCCUAUUGGUUUUCGCCGGAAACAUCGCCGCCGUGGACCACCGAUGGAACCAGCACGGACUGGGCGGAGAUAACUUUCGUGGGUUGUGUCGGGAUUUGCAUCCGGGUCCGGUGAGCUUGCUGCAUUGGAGCGGGAAGGGGAAGCCGUGGGUGAGACUGGACGCCAACCGGCCGUGCCCAUUGGAUGCUCUGUGGGCCCCAUAUGAUCUGUUACAGACGCCCUUCGCGCUGGAGUCAUGAUUCUUAAUUAAAUUAGACUAAUAAUCGUCACAUUAUCAAAUUCAUUAAUCAUUACUACAGGGGUUUAAUAUCUUUACAAUAAAAGCAAAUACAUUUUUCUUCUUUUCUUUUAAGUCCAUGGAAAUUUGUAGGUAUUGGGUGAGAAAACUAUACUGUUCGGAACUGAGGCUUCUGGACUCUCUGGAUGUGUCAUGGCUCAUGAUAAUUGGUGAGUAAAUUGAAGACUUGGUCGCUCGAUCGAGGUUUUUGUUGUAGUACAUCAUACAAAGGCAUUAAUACACUUAAAUUCUACAA